UGAGAUGCGAGCAAGAUAAGACCUGACGGUUUAACGCUGAGAGGAUCUUUAAGCAUCUCAACAUGGCAUUUUUCUUUCUAAUAUUCAUAUUUGGUCUCAGUUUUUUGCUGAACGAGAGUUCUGCUGAUGUGUGCCGGGGACCUCGAUGCCUCACCAACCAGGACUGGAGCACGGUGUGUGUGGGACCUAACUGCCAGGGGACGUCGGCGUCCAGACAGCAGUUUCACCCCGGACAAACGCACACCGUUCCCCAACAGGAAUCUCAGGUGUACGCCCGUUCCCAAGCCAAGGUAGCCCCUUUGACCUCUUACGCCAACAUCCAACCUCAGCAGGGAGGCUUUGGCGCCAGGCGGACCAACCCGAGGACCAUCACCGCCGAGGUGUUCCAUCCUGGCUGCGCAGGCGGGACCUGCCCGACGACCACCGUCGCACAUCGCAACGCGCCGAGCCACGGGGACGCGUCGCAGGGCUGCAAAGGGAACGGCUGUAAACCGCAUCAAGCCAAACCAUGUGUUGGGUGCAGCACGCAAAAGGGGAUAGAGGGGAAGACCUCACCCGUUCAUGUAAGAGACCGAGCCGCACAGUUUAUGGAGGAGAGGUCGGAACGUGGAGCUUGGAUACAGCUGACAUGUGACAUGAAAGCAGGUGCCAAUGAUGUUCCUUCAGAGGACGCUGUGGUCCUGCAGCUGCAGCUGUCCAAGGACCAGGAGAAGAUUGUCGAGGCCCUGAAGGGUCAGCGGGAAGAGGUCAAAGACCUGCACAGACUCGUCAGCGAGCAACAGGGGGCGCUAGUCCAGCAGCAAAGAGAAAUACUGGAGCAACAGAGGAAGAUGCACGACUACAUGGAGCAAGUGAAGGUGCAAUACAACGUACUAUUGGACACCAUCAAGCAGAUGUCCAUGCAGAACCUCCAGGAGGAGCUGGACAGUCGUGUCGAGGCUCUGAAUGAGCCGAGUGGACCUCACCAAGCUCAGCAGGCCCUCUCUUUGCACAAGGUGGACAUGGAGGCCAGUGUCAUGGAGGUGGGCCAUUCCCUCGCGGCCUGUGCCGGCUGCAGUCCCGAAGAGUACUGCGGCUUCAGCGCGGGUCGCCCUCGCUGUGAGAAGUGCACCGUGUGUCCUGCUGGCUUCUUCCUGGUUGCCCAGUGUUCGGUCCACGUGGACAGAAUCUGCCAGGACCGAGAUGAAUGCCUUGAAAUAACGAACCUUUGUGAAGAUCAACUGACGUGUCUCAACACACCAGGAGGAUUUAGGUGUCAAGGGAUGACAGAGCGAGAUGCCAGGGCCGGCAUGUGUGGACCCAACUACUUCUUUAACCUGGACAUGGACGAGUGUCAGGCCUGCGCCGAGUGUGACGGAGAGGCGGUGACCUCACCGUGUACUUUUACCGCUGACACCGUCUGCGCUGGACCUUCCGCCGGCGACGGCGUCCUCUCUCUGUCCUGGGCCGGACGCGCCAGCCUGCCCGGUGCCAAAGGCCGGUCGAUGAAUCUCGCCUCGCCGGGUGUGCGGCUUCACAUCCAGGGAGCGAACGACGGGGGCCUGGUGUCGGCCGAGGGAGGCCGGCUCCUGCUGAGGAAACACGGUCUGGUCUGGCUGGAGGAGAACCUCUCCGUGAACCACGGCUGCCGCAGCUUCGUGCAAGUGUGCUUGCGUCUGAACGGCACAGACGGCUCCGGAGCUCGUGACCUUGUCGGCGUCAGGAUUGAGCAGCAGGAAGUGAGGUCACUUCAGGGUGUCAGCAUGAGUGGGGUAGCAGAGGUUGCCCCUGGGCAUACGAUUUCCACUUCCCUUUGGAGUGCCAACCACCACUGCAACCAAGGUAACGAAGGUCUACAGCUGUAUGACCCCUCAGCUGCUUCCCUAAGCCUCAUGUGGCUGUCUCACGACACCGGUGCCGUCGCCAUGACGGCACAGGCGGUGCUGUCCGCACACUACCAUACAAUCCAUCGCCCGAUCUUCAGCUCCUCCUCCACUUCGGACCCUUACGUAGUUGGGUUAACCCAUGACGGUCGUAGUUUACGUUUUGCAGAAAGCGGCACGGUGCGCUUUGUAUUCCAGCAGGCGUUGUAUUCCAUGGGUCAGGCAUGCGUGAGUGAAGGCUUCCAGAUGUUAGCCUACCUCAACCACAACGGUACGGGCAUGGAGCUCUGCCGCAGCUUCAAACCAGGCGUCCACUACCGCGACACAUCCAUCUCUCUCUCUGGAGCCACUGCAGUUGGCUCCGGAGACACGCUGGUCUUUGAGAUUCUGUCUCCUGCUCAGUGCAACGUACGUUUCUUUAGUGACGGCACAGGCAUCAGUCUUCUCAGCUUGGUCUGGGUUCCUGCCGCCAUCUCCUCCUCCGUCUAUGCCACCGUGGCUCAGACCGGACUUCCUUCAGGAGCUGUGAGAAACAAACCUCUUUUCUUCCGCCAGAGCAGUCCUCGGGUGCGCCAAAUGGGGCUACCGGGAAAGGGGUCCGCAGAACCGGCGAGAAAUUUAGUCUUCAGCGAGAGCGGCACUGCCAGUGUAGCUCUAGACCUGAAACUGAUUCACUCGUGCAGCCUGGUCAAAGUGACUCUGCUAAGGCUAAGUGGUCCAGAUUCGGGAUCGCGACCCGUCCCCCUAGCCCAGCAAGUGGGCGGACAUAUGCCUGACGGUAGCCAAUGGGCCAGCGUGACCCUGCGAGCAUCCUUCCAGGUACAAAAUGGCACCACAGUGUUCUUCACCCUGGACUGCGUACGGGGACGAGUCAACCAAGUCAGCCACCACACAGGAAGUGGAGUGUCAGUCCUCUGGGUGGCAGCGUAACAUCGGAACGCCACGCUGCUUGUCCACAAUCAUUUCAGCUGGAUUUACAGAACUGACUCAUCAACCCAUUACUCAGCUUUUGGGCAAAGACACUGGGACACAUGGCAACAAGAGCGAUGCAACGUUUCUGGGAAGACUUUCGAUAAAAUGUGGACAUUUUGUCCGUUAAUCCAGAAGAACAUUUGUGAGAUUAGAAGUUACUAACGCAGGGCCUGAGAGAGGACCUGCUCUCUCACAGUCUCUAAUUAUCUUAAAGGGGAACAUUAUCACAAUUUCAGAAGGGUUAAAACCGUUAAAAAUCAGUUCCCAGUGGCUUAUUUUAUUUUUCGAAGUUUAUUUCAAAAUUUUACCCAUCACGCAAUAUCCCUACAAAAAGCUUCAAAGUGCCUGAUUUUAACCAUCGUUAUAUACACCCGUCCAUUUUCCUGUGACGUCACAUAGUGAUGCCAAUACAAACAAACAUGGCGGAUAGAACAGCAAGAUAUAGCGACAUUAGCUCGGAUUCAGACUCGGAUUUCAGCGGCUUAAGCGAUUCAACAGAUUACGCAUGUAUUGAAACGGAUGGUUGUAGUGUGGAGGCAGGUAGCGAAAACGAAAUUGAAGAAGAAACUGAAGCUAUUGAGCCAUAUCGGUUUGAACCGUAUGCAAGCGAAACCGACGAAAACGACACGACAGCCAGCGACACAGGAGAAAGCGAGGACGAAUUCGGCGAUCGCCUUCUAACCAACGAUUGGUAUGUGUUUGUUUGGCAUUAAAGGAAACUAACAACUAUGAACUAGGUUUACAGCAUAUGAAAUACAUUUGGCAACAACAUGCACUUUGAGAGUGCAGACAGACCAAUUCAGGCGCGCUAAGAACAUAUAUUUUUCCACGAUUUCAGCACUCAGGUUAACCAUACCUAAAUAGACACAAAUUACUGCAUUACACAAGACUACCCGAAUGUACUCGAAUGAUUGAAAAAAAUUAAUGUUUUUAAGCUAAAUUAUUGGUAAACACAGUUUAUGUAUAAUCAUUUACGUAAAACCGCGAGUAAUGAAUAAAGUUUUCAUCAAUUAAUAUAUUCUGUAGACGUACCCUCAUCCGCUCUCUUUUCCUGAAAGCUGAUCUGUCCAGUUUUGGAGUUGAUGUCAGCAUCUGCUUUGAGUGUCGCAGGAUAUCCACACAUUCUUGCCAUCUCUGUCGUAGCAUAGCUUUCGUCGGUAAAGUGUGCGGAACAAACGACUGACCAUUUCGUCGGCUUUCCCCACACCCUCGUAUUUUGAACAAAUUUCGUCCAA